UACAAGUGCGCGGAUGUUGGUUUCCUCUAGAUUUCAGGUAAUUCAUCCGAAGCAUGGUAUCAUCAUUCACGAAAGCGCAGAUUGACGGAUUUGGAUCGAUUUUGAACGACGUACACAAACCGCUGAAAGCACGAUUCCGAGCGCUCUUCAUCUUGCGCAACAUCGGAUGCGAUCAUUCAGUGCAAUGGAUUGCGAAGUGCUUCAACGAUGACUCUGCUUUACUCAAGCAUGAACUGGCGUAUUGUCUUGGCCAGACACAGAACAAAACAGCGAUUCCCAUCCUCAUGGACGUUUUGACGAACACCAAGCAAGAAGCAAUAGUACGUCAUGAAGCGGGUGAAGCUCUAGGUGCGAUUGGUGAUCCAUCUGCUUGUGAUAUUCUCGAAAAAUAUAGCAAGGACUCUUGCAAGGAAAUCGCAGAGACAUGCCAACUAGCUCUUAGAAGAAUUCAAUGGGUGCAAGCUAGCGGCGACAAAACUGAGAGCCCGUACCAAAGCAUAGAUCCUACUGCCGCUGCAUCGUCUGAUAACGUUGAAGAGCUAGGGGCAACUCUUGUGGAUGCUAAGAAACCGUUAUGGGAUCGUUACGCGGCUAUGUUUAAACUACGUAAUAUCAAUACAGAUGCCUCCAUCAAAGCACUUGCUCAAGGUCUUUAUUGCGAAGAUAGUGCUUUAUUCCGACAUGAGGUUGCAUACGUUUUGGGACAAGCACAGUCUCCUGUGGCGAUCAAGGAGCUAAAAGAUCGUCUUACCUUGCUUUCAGAGAAUCACAUGGUACGCCACGAGUGCGCGGAAGCCCUCGGUGCUAUCGCCACUAAUGAAUGUACUGCAAUUUUACAAGAGUAUUUAGAGGACAAGGAGCGCGUUGUUCGCGAAAGCUGUGAAGUUGCAUUGGACAUGGCCGACUACGAGAACAGCGACGAGCUGCAGUAUGCUGCAGUUACUGUAUAAUGUAUGUACUGGGUCUUAUCUCGUGUAGACGUUGCUGCACAUUGCACGCUUAUUUUAUUUGUUGAUUGUUGUGUUUGACUUAAUCGCGAUAUUUUAUCGCUUGCCGGUGUAUGAGCUGAGUCGUUGUUUUGCAAAAUUGUUGUUGAUUCUUCCUUCCAAAGGCUAAUAAAAAUUGCUAAUG